GCGCUCGAAGCGCCGCAUCGCGAGUAGCGCGCGCAAGAAACCGCGAGCUGUGUGUGCGCAUCAGAGUCUGUCCCGAUUCCCGUGCGGCCGAAACACCCGACGACGUCGUCCUCAACCUUUCCAAGUAUUCAGUUUGCCGGGACCCUUUCCGUAUAUAGAAGAGCCCGGUGACAUGCCCGCGAGAGUUCAACUGCUGAUUAAAAAGGAGGACUGAACUGCCGGUGUUCGUUCUAUACAUUCACCAACGAAGCACAACACGAGCUAAGCAGCAACAUGGAAGUGACCCGCUCCAAUUUUCAAGAUGUCUUGAAAGAGCUGGAUGAAGUUUUGGACAAAGCUACAUUUUUGGCAAUCGACGGAGAAUUCACUGGGUUGAACUCGGGGCCAGAUGCCAAUGCAUUUGACACACCUGCACAAUACUACACCAAACUCAGGAAAGGGUCCAUGAAUUUUCUCCUUGUACAGUUUGGGCUAGCUGUUUUUACCUAUAAUUCUAAAACUAACUUGUAUAGUCAAAGAUCUUACAAUUUUUAUGUAUUCCCUCGACCGCUCGACCGAACAUCCCCUGACUGUAGAUUCAUGUGUCAAGCAUCAUCCAUAGUUUUUUUAGCUAACGAGGGAUUUGACUUUAAUAAACUUUUUAAAGAGGGUAUACCUUACUUGACAAAAGAAGAUGAGGAGAAACUCAAUAAAAAAAUGGUGGACAAACAAAAAGUAAGGGAGGAAGGUUUGGACCUUAUUCCAAUUUCAGACGAUGACAAGCCACAGAUAGAUGAAAUUUGUUCAGGAAUUGAAGAUUAUGUUAAUUCAGAGGACGAUGGUAAAGAACUCAGAAUUGAAAGGUGUAAUGCCUUUAUCAGACGACUCGUUCAUCAAGAAGCAAGACUUAGGUGGCCAAACAAAAUCAGGCUAGAGACUAGAAAUGAAAAUGGGAAUCAGUUUAUCAUUGUCAGUAAAAUAGGAACCAAGGAAGAGGAAGAGCAGAAGGAAACUGAGAGGAAAGAAAGAGUAAAACUGGAAGUACAAGAAGCUGUAGGGCUUAGCGUACUUUUAAGAAAAAUUGCCGACUCGGGGAAAGUUAUUGUAGGUCACAAUAUGCUGCUUGAUCUAUGCCAUAUCAUUCAUCAAUUCUUUGCUCCCCUACCAGAAAGUUACCAUGAAUUCAAAAGUUUGGUUCACUGCCUUUUUCCAAGACUUUUAGAUACUAAAAUCAUUUGUCAAUCAGGACAGUUCAAAGACUCAGUACCUUCAAAUCUUAACCAGUUACUAGAAACACUGCACUCGGCACCAUUUUCGAUACCCGAAACAGAAAAUAUUCCGGAUAGAAGUUAUAAGCUCAACAAUGAUAAAUCGCACGAAGCUGGCUAUGACGCGUACAUUACUGGGCUCUGUUUCAUUGCACUGUGUAAUAGGCUUGGCGAGUUACAGAUACCUGAAAUAUCGACAGUACUUCCUGACUCUCCUCUGUUGAACCCAUACUUAAAUAAAUUGUUGAUAGCCCGACUCAAAGACUACCCGCAUAUAAACCUCAUAGGCAAUGAUCCAAACCCUAGCAGAGAACACGUUUUCCAUGUAACAUUUCCAAAACAAUGGAAACUCAGUGAUCUUACCUCACUAUUCUCGCCAUACGGAGGUGCUUACGUGGCAUGGUUGUCAGAUACUACCGCAUAUGCUGCUCUGCAUAGACGUGAUCAAGUCAGCGCCGUUGUACAGAAUCUUUUCAAGUCCACACAUUACAGCUUGAAAAAAUAUAGAGAUUAUCAAGCAUCCGUAGAAGUUGAGGAAACAGUGACAAAGGUGACAACACCAAAAACAAAAACGACAACGACGACAACUACAAAACCAGAACGGAAGCGGAAGAUUUCUGACAGACGAGAAUCGCCAGGGGACGAGGGCAGCGCCGAGAAGGCCGAGGCGACCGGACAGGAGGACACGGCGACGGCUGACUCGCCGAAGGACGAGGAGGACGGAUGGGCCGUGGCCUCAGGUAAUGAUCCUUCAUCAUCAUCAACUUUCCCAGCAGCGAUCCGAGCUGACGACAAGCCAUCUCCCGACGAGGAGGCGCGACGCGACGACGAGAGACGACGAAGACGCCAGUACGAGGAGUUCUGCCUCGUGAGGAAGGGAGGAGCCGGCAAGCUCGUGACUGCCAGGAUGGAGCUAACCUCCUCGACGCGAUACACCGUCCUCAGCGACCUCGAGGAUGACGAAGUCGCGAGGUUCUCCGUGGAGGAGGAGCUGGUCGAGUUCGAAGAGUUAGAGGGAGGGCUGCUGAAGGUGAGGCGAGAGAGAGUCGUCGAGUCGAAGCGACAAGGAAGCCCCAAGAAGUCGCGGACGACUCCCGUCAAAUCCAUCACCGACAGUCCCAGAGCGACCAAGCGAGGCAGUCCCAAGAAGAGCCCGGCCAGCUCCUCGCCGGACAAGAGAAAACAGACUGCGACUACCUCCUCGCCGACGCUGAGGCGAAGGCACGCUGCUGAAGAAUCGCCGAAGCUUGACGACUCAAGAAAAGUCAAUAAACAAAAACAGUCGGCGCCGCGGAGCGGGUUCAGCUGGAUGAAAGUCGUGCAAAUCGUUGCCCUGCUCUCGACGCUGUAUAUCAUCAUCCAUCUCUAGAAGCGUACAGCCGGGAGUGAACCCUUUGACAAUAACGAAUCUACUUAUACACGUGGGACUUGUACGUGCGGGAGGAUUUUGGUUGAGUAGCUUAAGAUUGACUAGAGUCGACAGGAAUCGAGGGUCAAUUCCAAUGCAUUUCGAUCGAUACCUCCUUAUUCUACGAUUAAUUUAUGCUUCACGAACGAGUACAUACUUCCAUUUACAAUUAUGCGUACUUAACUCUCGUAGUACAAUUACGAUCGUCGUCACGCGCGACGGACUGUAAUGUGAUGAAAUGUGAUGUAGUUAGCGAUUUAGAAAAUGAAACUUCUCUUACUGAAGCUCGUGUUUUUGUACGUUCAAAUGGUAUUAUACAGGUAUAUAGGAGUUACUCUCAAACGUGUUCGAAAAGAUCUAUUAAGGAUUAAUGACGAUGUAUACAAAGUGUCAGAAUAUAUACAUACAUAUAUGUUUUUUAAGAGACCAUACGAACAAAUAUAUUCCGAAGUUUUUAUACGAAAUUUAUAUAUAUAUAUAUUUAUACAUCACCUAUUUUAUUUAAAUGUAUUUUUAAUAUUUAUGAAAAGCCGCGAAAUACUUGUGUUCCUUCAGCAAUGACUUGUUAUGUUAUUGUACGUAUCGAAAACAACUGACAAUAACUUUGUAUUAUGCGCAAGCGUACAUUCCACGAUUGAUACAUCCGCCGUUCGUUGGAAUGUCACGAUGAAUUUGUUGAAUUGAAUAUAAGAAAAAUGAUACGAAUUAGAAACUACUAGCGUGAUAAGAGAGUCGAUGAUCGAUUUUUUAUAAGAGAUAAUUUACAAGAAACGAGCAUGUACACGCUAAAAUUAAUUUAUUCUCGACGCGUGAUUUGCCGAAAAAAAUGUAUGUUUUUUACAAACGAACAAAUUAAUAAAUCGAAUCGCCUUUACUGUUGAACAAUAGACUA